AGCUAUUGCAAUGGUGGGAAAUUUGUAAAUAUAAGAUGAUAUUUUGUUAAUUAUUUCGACCGUUUCCACUAUUAAUACGAAUUAACAUGUCAGAAAGGAAAUCUAUCAGAGCAAGAAAAGCAGUGGAUUAUGGAAAGUUUGGUGGAGGUUGCAGUGAUGAUGAUGACGAUUUUGCUGACUGCACACCACCAGUACCAAAGAAAGCCAAACUGUCCAGUAACAAGGAGAACAAGAUGCAGAAACCUGAUAAACAAUCCAAAGUGAAAGAGACUAAAUCUAGAAAGUCUGUGCAAGAGAAAGUGUUUGAACGUGAACUCCAGGAGGCCCUGCAGUUGUCCAUGAGUCAAUCUGAUGGCUCCCAGUCUCAGGAAGAGGUUGUUACAAUGGGAACACCACCUGAGGCCCCACCCAUACUUGAGAGGGAGGCCCCAUCACCGGUCCUGCCUGUCAUAGAUUGCAAGCCGGUGAGUGUGGGAUCCAUUCCUGUUUUGCGAGACCAAACAGAAGAUGGGGACAUAGUUGUGAUAGAGGAGGAUGUUGUUGAGAAAACUCAGGCCAGGAGGAGGAUGGCAAAACCCAAGAAAUAUGUUGACUCAGAUUCAGAAUCCGAACAUGGGCAGGAUUUUGAAGUGGAUUUGAGGAAAUUCCUUAAAAGCCCAUUAACUCCAAAAGUUAAAAAGACCAAGUGCAAAGAUGAUGGCGACAGUGACUUUGCAGUAGGGGAGGAGGUGCCAUCCAGUGAUGAUGAUGAUGGAGGUGAUGAUGAUAAUGGAAGUGAUGAUGAUUUCAACGCCAGUGACAGUGAUAGUGACUUUGGCUCCAGUAAGAAAAAAAAGGCUGCAAAGCCACAGAGCAAGAAAGCGGCGGCAAAACCUCCCAACCAGAAAAAGGAACCAAAGGCCACUACUGCAAAACCCAAGGCUGCCCUAUUGAAGAGCAAAUCUGGACUUAGUGGGGCCCCGCUGGCUACAAGCAGCCCCAUAGCCGGGAAGCCCGACCCUGUGAGUAAAACACCCACCCCAGCACGGCCUGCCAAGCUACAGCAGAACUGGAAACCUCCUGGCUCAGCAAUUGGAACCAAAUCCCCAGCAAUUUCAAAAGUGAAAAGUCGACAAGUUUUGACCAGUUCAGUGAUAAAUUCUCCUGUACCAUCUGGGGCUUGUUUGAAAUCACCCAGCCUCGGUGGUGUGAACAUUAAAUCUCCAAACACAGGACUCAGGAUUGGUCUGUCCAGAAACAUGAAACUGAAACCCUUACAUCCAAACUUGAAGAUCUCUAACUGAAAAGUAAUGAUAGAUUUUUAAGAAAAAAUGUGAAAUCUUCAGUGCAGGAUGGUGGUUUUCAAAGUUCAAAAUCCAGUGCCACUGUGGUGAACAUCAGCAUGAGCUGGCAAGCCCAACACUUGUAGCCAGGCUUGCUCAAUAUCUGUAUAUUACAGAACAGGCCUUGCUUUAAAGUAAAUCCCUCUCAGUGGUGUUUGAACUCAACCUUGUUGACUCAAAAAUUGGUCACUAAUUAAGGCUUCUGAAUUUGCGCCAAGUGGAAAAUGCGUUGGAAUCACGAAUGGUCCCUAAUGAAGACAAUGGAUUAAAGGUUAUUGUGGGAGAACGUCAAAACAAUCCUACAUUACCAUCUAGAGUUGGUUCAAGAACCGCUGUAAUCUUGUACAGUUGGUUCGGCAAACAAUUGACUUUGUCAUGAAGUGGCGUACAAUGUAAAUUAAUGAUAUUCUACAAGUAGUUUGCAUGAUUUAUGUUAUGAUAUUAUUGGGAACUUAUGUUAAUCAACAUAAAAUUGAUUUGAACAUCUUAAACAGUAAUUUCUAAAGACAAAUGUCAUAUUGCUAUGAUGGUUAUCUUGGCAUAAGCAGCUUCAUAAGCAUGUAAUCUGUAAAAUAAAUAAAAUGUUCAAAGUUUCUGAUAUAUAUAUACCUAUGUCAUGUUUGUAUACCUGGUAACCUGGUAAUAUUUGGUAACCCUUGAAAGAGUUUUAGAGAAAGAAUAAUAUUAUGUAAAGGUUGUGCAGGACAAUAUAUUACAAACAUGCUAUUUUUCCCUUUAAAGAUUGCAACAUAGGCAAUUUCAUAUCAGAUUUCCAUUGAAUUAAAGAACCAAAUUGCAAACUGUCAUUACUUGGUCAAGAAAGUCUUUCAUUUAUUAACUUUUACAUAUUUGUAAUCAGCCAUUACCUUUCAAAUGAUGCUAUUAUUACAGCUUAGAAAGUGUAAAUUUAUUAUAUUUUAAAUGUAUUGUUGCAAUAAGUGUUUAAAUUUUACGUUUAAAAGUGAUUUCAAGUGGUUGAUCUUUUCCCGCGUUAUUGUGACGUCAUUUGAAAAAAAUGUUUCCGGUAACAGUCUGGUCGUUCUAUUUACUGAAUGGGUAUAAAAGGAUUAAUGAAUAGUUUUCUUAAAUGAAGUGAAGUAUUGUUUUUAACAAUUCCUGAAUGAAAUAAGGAACUAUUGGUGUAAAUAUAAGUAAUGAAGUCCUUUGGACUCCACACACUUUGACCAGCCCAAUUGCGUUCCUACUCCGAUAAUGACAUCAACCCCACAAUUCAUUCCUUAAUUAAGCUUUCAGAGAGCUAGGUUAUUUGUGGAUCAAGAUUUCUUCAGUUAUACUGUUACAUGUAUUGCAUUGAAAAAAAUAUGGUUCAUUUAUAUUGACUUACUUUAAAGUCUUUAUGUACACAUGUAGCUCCAUCUAAUUAGUAAUUAACCUCACUCAAAUUUGUGAAGGCUUAUUGAUCUGUUAUUUCACAUGUAUCUUGGGCACGGAAUAAAUUAGCAAUCAUGGGUGAAAAGGUUAAAAAAUAUGGCUAAUUAUUCAAAAGCUAGUUACUAGAGCCUGGUCAAUUAACUUCUAAUUUUAGCAAAGCUUAAGAAUGUUUGCUUAAGAUAUCCUAGUGGAAUAUUUAUCUGGUUAGUGCAGAUGGGUCAUUGCAGUGAAUGCCCUAGGAAUAUAUUCAUCCCCCACGGUCACACCCAUCCCUUAUCAUAACUAAAACUACAAUUGAACUACAAUUAUGCCUUUAACUUUAAAGCGAUAAAUGGACAUGCAAUGAGUUCUUUUAGCAAAAUUUCGAAACGUUAUAUGAUCACUUCUUUUAAUUUAUUUUAUUGCUUGUAUUGUGUUGUUAUUAACGUGAAAAUAUAUUUUAAGAACAA